AUGAUCCUUUCCCUGUCCAGGCCUUACCGCCGCGUCCACCAGCUGACCUGGACAAGUCUGAAUCGGGCGCGCUGGCCCGAAAACGGCAGCCUCGCCUGGCAGCCCGUUUGGGGUUUCCAGAAGCCGCUUCCUCCGGCCUCGCUGUCGAUUCCGGGGCUGCUGAGACCGCCUCCCGCGGCUCCUGCGGCUCCCCUGCCGUGCACAUCAGGACCGCAGCGCCUGCAGAAACUCUUGCAGGCUGCUUUGGGGCUCAACGCCCAAGACGCACUGGCCCUGGUGCAGAGGUCCCGGGUGACGGUGGAUGGUCAGAUCCAGAAGCGAGAUCGGUGGAUCGAGGACGGGCACGAGAUCACUGUCAAUGGCCAUCCGCUGACCGAGAUCACCGGUGUCUCCUUCGUGGCUCACAAACCUGCAGGAUUUGCUCUGACUGAGGGCGACCCUUUGAAGCGGCCGACCUAUUCGCAGCUCUUGCCGGACCCGUCGCUCAUAGCUCGGCCGCUGCCGAUGCCCGUGGACCUACACUCCUCGGGCCUCGUGGUUCUGACGAACCAUGCUGCGUUGAGAGCUGCCCUCACUUGCGAAGGUGCAAAGUUGCCUCCGUCAACUUUCAUGGUGAGGCUGCGCCAACGGCCAUCAUCCUAUCAGCUGGCCGUGCUGGAGACGAAGGCGCCAUACGACGGUGUGGCUGAACCGCUGCUGGUGGAGGACCUGACGGAUGCCCAAAAUGACGAAGUCAUUGUUGCCGAGGAUCCGCAGCCACCCGAUGUCGGGACCCUCCUGGGCUCCUCUGUGGCAACCUGGGGCACCGAGCCCCCAAGGUCCCACUACGCCCCACGCGAGGUGCUGCCGAUCGUAGCCGUGACGUUGUGCGGUGGGAGCGCCGCGACAGUUCGACAGGGGCUCCUGGCAGUGGGUGCUGCCCCUCGCGAGAUUUGCUGCGUCAGCUGGGGCCCGCUGUCCCUGCAUGGCUCGGAUCUGAGCGAGCCCGGUGGCAUCCGACCACUGAGCCAGGAGGAGGUGAACAUCCUGAUCUCAAUUGCGACUGGAGCCUUCGAUCGGCUGUGCGGGCUGACACCGGGGCCAAGGUUGACACUGACGCGCAUUCCUGUGUUCCUUCUGCAGGCGGGGAGGUACUUCUUUGAAGUCCAGGCGCUGCGUUGCGAGUUUGCACGUGUGGCCUGGCUGAUUGUGUCUGAGGGUUGCAUCCGAAAAGGAUUUUGGCCGAAACUCCAAAAGCAUCGCGGCCUGUCCAUCUCGGCGGCGAUGGCCGACGUCGCUGCGCAUGAGCUCGCUGCAGACCUGGCCAACGAGGCCAGGCGGCUUGCAGCAGCGAUGCUGCAAAUGCGGGAACGCGUCGUGGCGGUGUCAAAGCCUGCAUGCCUUGGUGGUGGCUCGGAGGCCACAUCAGCCAAUUUGCGGCUACUUAGAGACAGCUUGGCACUGCGCGAGAACAUGGCGCAGCUCCUUUCCGAGGCCAUCCAGUUAACCGAGCUGUUUGACGAUGGUGCCUUGGUGGGCCCUGCUGAGCCUCCGGCCAAAGCUGCUGGGGUGCCCGAGGUCGGGCUCGACGGAGACCACGCCUUCGAGGCUGCGGACUGA